AUGAGUAUGCAACUGCUACUACGAUUAAUAUUGCUCCGGUUGGUCGGUGGCAUGCUACCGCUGGAUGCUGUACUGAAGGGAAAACAACAACCGUCCUCGUCUGUCGGCGGUACCGAACAUGGGCACGGCCAACAGCAACAGCACCGUCAGCAACAUGGCCACGGUCCGAGUGCGCUGGACGAUAUCGUCGCCCGGCAUAGUCUGCCGAACGGCACCAGCCGCUUCACCCAUCUGACGUACGACCCCACCAGGCGCAUAUUCUAUGCCGGGGCCACCAAUCGGGUGCUGCAAUUGAAUGAAAACCUUACGCUGCUACGCGAAGCCAUUACCGGUCCCAAGCUGGAUUCGGCCCAAUGUCAUGCGGCCGGCUGUCCGCCCGAUGUGCUGGACAGUGUGGAGACGGAUAAUUACAACAAGGUUCUGCUGUACAACCGGGACGGCGAUACGUUGAUUGCGUGCGGCAGUGUGCACCAGGGUGCGUGCGAAAUUUACUACUUAAGCGGUCGCUUUCCGGAUUCGUCGAAACCGAUCGAGGUGGCACUGGCGGCCAACGAUGAACGGUCCACGACGUACGCAUUCAUUGGGCCGAGUCGGUAUCAGUCGUGGAAGAAGGAGGACAUUAUGUACGUCGGUACGACGUUUACGAACGUGGGCGAUUACCGGCAUGAUGUGCCCGCUAUCUCAUCCCGCCGGUUAGACGAUUUAACGUACGCGGAAUUUUCCAUCCAACAGUCGAACAUUAACAUCGACGUAAAGUAUCGCGAUCACUUCCUGGUCAACUAUCUGUACGGGUUCAACAGCACCGAGUAUGCGUAUUUUGUGCUGGUACAGAAAAAAUCUCACCUAGCGGACGAAGCCGGUUACGUGACACGAUUGGCACGUAUCUGCGUGAAUGAUCCCAAUUACGAUAGCUACACGGAGGUCACAAUUACUUGCAUGGUUAACGGGACGGAUUAUAAUAUUCUGCGGGAUGCCAAGCUGGCACAAGCGGGUCAAAAAUUAAGCAACGACAUGGGUAUCAAACGGGAAGACUAUCUGCUGGUGGCAGUCUUUUCGCCCUCAAAAGAAAUUACAGACGAACCGCAAAAUCGAUCCGCGAUCUGUAUGUACAGCCUGAAAGACAUCGAAGAAGUGUUUAACGAAAACAUUCACUCCUGUUUCAAUGGCACAAUUAAGGAUCGCAAUCUCGGCUACAUUUCCGGCACGAUCAACGAUGGCAAGUGUCCGGUUGCUGGAUCGUUGGGCAACAUUUUUAGCUUCUGUCAUGUCGGACUGAAAAUUAGCGGAGUUACGCCAGUGAUCGCACAGGCUCGGUUUGCGUUCGGUGAAGGAGUUUCGCUUACGUCGAUCGCGGUCACCAACAUCGGACCGCAUACGCUUGCGUUCGUCGGUAGCAACAAUGGGUGGAUUCGUAAGGUGCUACUGUCCGGACGGGAAGCAGGUGAAUACGAGCGGUUGCUGGUGGAUGAGGAAGGUUUAUCGAUCCUACCGGAUACGUUGUUUGCCCCCUCGAACGAUCAUCUUUAUGUGCUAUCGGAGCGGAAGGUGAUCAAGAUGAAGGUGGAACACUGUGGAACCUUUGGGAAUUGUUCCGCCUGUCUGGAAUCACGCGAUCCAUACUGUGGCUGGUGUUCGCUAGAGAAACGCUGUACGGUGCGUACGGCCUGUCAGAAGGAUACAAGCGCGGCCCGCUGGCUGUCGAUCGGCACCGGGCAGCAGUGUAUUGAUUUUGAAAUGGUAGCACCGGAUCGCGUUCCGGUAGGCCAGAUGUCAGUCGUCCGGUUAGUGAUCAAAACGCUUCCGGAACUCCCGCACAAUGCACAGUACCGGUGUGUGUUCGGUAACGCAACACCGAUCGAUGCAAACGUCACGAAGGAAGGUUUGAUAUGCACAACACCACCCGUCAUCGAACGGCCGGCUAUUCCCGACGGGCAGGAUCACGUGCUCGUACCGCUGAGUGUUCGUAGCUCCGAGACGAACAAGGAUUUUGUGUCGCGUAGCUUCGCGUUCUACGACUGCACCAGUCACGACACGUGCCGGAAGUGUCUGGUGAGCAAUUGGGGAUGCCACUGGUGCAUCUACGAUAAUAGAUGCGCCUUCAACACGACAGCCUGCCGCAAUUCGGCCAAUAUCGUACAGAACGAAGCGUCCUGUCCACGGUUGAAGCAACGAGCCGGUCCAAUACUGUUGCCCAAUAAGGUCCCGAAAGAAAUUCGACUAGAGAUUGAAAAUCUGCCUCGGCCGCAGAGUGCACACACGGGUUUCCUCUGCACCGUGAACAUUGAGGGUGCACACAUGGUGCUACCGGCUCGCGUCGAAGCCAACAAAUACAUUGUGUGCGAGAAGACAUUGUAUUCAUACGAAGCGUCCACCAACGAGUACGAAGCAACGGUCGAUGUCAAUUGGAAUCGGAAUCACUACAUCGAUACGGUAACGGUCGUGCUGUACAAAUGUGAAAUUCUCGGUUCCCAUCGAGAUCAUGCCGACUGCAGCUUGUGUGUGACGCGUGAUCCCAAAUAUCAGUGUACCUGGUGCGGGCAGCAGUGCAGCUACAAUGAAUCAUGCCUCGAUGGUGGCGGUUCCAUGAUGAUGCGAGGCCGCGGAGAAGACGGUGGUUGUCCACGACCUCGUAUUGAUCUGAUCAAACCACUAAGCGGUCCGAUCGAGGGUGGCACACUGGUCACAAUCGAGGGCAGCAAUCUCGGCAUACGGGAAGAGGACGUACGCGGCCGUAUUCACAUCGGCGAGGUACCGUGCGAACUGGAACGGUAUGAAAUCUCGGUCCGUAUCGAGUGUCGUACCGGGGCAGUACGUUCGGAAAUGUCCGCACCGGUUAAGGUGGGCAACGAGGCGGGCUAUACAAUGUCGAGCGUGGAGUUCCGGUACCGGGAUGUACAGCUGGAAGGCCUCAGUCCAACGAUGGGACCUCAGUCGGGCGGUACAAAACUUUCCAUCAUCGGUAAACACCUGAACGUGGGCACUGCAGCGAUCGCCUAUCUAGAUGAUUAUGAGUGUCGCAUCAAUCGCACGCAAGCAUCUUCGAGUAGGCUCACGUGCGUAACGUCGGCGGCUCGCUCGCCGGAGCACAUCCGUGUGCUGACGCUUCGAAUCGAUGGUGCGAAUCGUACGCUUGCCUGCAGCACCAGCGGUGGCAAUAGCGCACCAACCGGCGAACGGAUGCGAGGAUCAACGUACGGUGCGGCUGGCACUUAUCAUAGCCGAUACGAAACGUGCAGCGUGUACAAUUACACCGUCGAUCCGAAGAUUAUGCAAAUUAAGCCACUGAAAAGCUUCCUCAGCGGUGGUCGUAUGAUGACGGUUCACGGUACCAACCUCGACGCAAUCCAGCUGCCGGAAAUUGAGGUGUACCUGAACGAUGAACGGCUGAAUCGGUCCACCUGCACCGUGCUGAACUCGAACCAGAUGGAAUGCCCAUCACCGUCUGUACGCGAGGCAUGGUCGGCGUUGCAACAGCAGCAAUCGCUGCUGCGCAACUUAAGUGCCGCACCGAGCGAUUAUUCACCGCCCCGGAUGCUAUCCGGUUUCGUAUCGGCCGAUGGGCGAUCGGUUCCUAUCCAGCAGCAACCUCCUACGGCUUCGAUGCCGAUGCUGCUACCGUCCCAGUAUUCGCUGACGUCGACGUCGGGUCCGUUGGUCACGGCCACAGCACCCCUGUCGCCGUUUCAUCCGUCCGAGCAGCAGCUGCAGCUGCUGCUACAGAUCAACUUCCUGAUGGAUAGCGUCCUGUCGGUGCGCAACCUGCCAAAACAUUUUCAAAACCUGCGCUCGGCUAUUGUUUACGUGGAGGAUCCUGUGUUUCAACCGUUUCCCAACACGAUCAAGAUGUACAAAGGUGACACGCUGGUGAUUGAGGGUGAGCACCUGAAUGCGGCCAGCGACGAAACGGAUGUGAACGUCACGAUCGGUAUGGCGCAAUGUAACGUGACGAGUCUGGCACCGACCCAGCUCGUGUGUACACCUCCUCUAGAGCAACCUGCCCCGACCGAUGAGAACGGAGUUCCUACUGUAAAAGACUUGCCCCUGGUCGUGGUCCGUGUGGGUCGUAAUUUACGCUUCCCUAUAGGUUUUAUCAAGUACGAUCUUAUUAAACCGUACGCUGUUUCACACAUUCUCUUUGGCGUAAUUGUGAGCGGUAUCUUUUUCGUGGUGUCGUUGCUUGCCAUUCUGUUUAUCUAUCGCCGCAAGAGUACGCUGGCGGAGCGGGAGUAUAAGCGCAUUCAGAUACAGAUGGACACGCUCGAAAGCAAUGUGCGCAUGGAGUGUAAGCAAGCGUUUGCUGAACUGCAGACCGACAUGACCGAUCUGACGGCGGAUCUCGAGAGCUCCGGCACGCCGACGCUCGAUUUGGUCAAUUACGUAAUGAAGGUGUUCUUUCCGGGCGUUUCGGAUCAUCCGGUACUGUUGGCGAAUGGGGCCAAACUGCAUGGACAUCAUCAUCACGGUCAUCCACACCAUGGUGGUCACCAUGGUCAUCCGCAUCAACGUACCAACUACGAUCAAGCGAUGGUGCUGUUCGAACAGCUGAUCAACAAUCGUGUGUUUUUGCUGCUGUUUAUCGAUACACUCGAAGCGCAGAAAACUUUCACCAUACGUGACAAAGUAAACGUGGCGUCACUGCUCAUGAUAGUGCUGAUGAAUCAAAUGGACUAUGUGACGGACAUAUUGAAAAGUUUGCUGCUGCGGCUGAUCGAUAAAUCGGUAAUGACAAAGCAUCCGCAACUGAUGCUCCGCCGGACGGAGAGUGUCGUCGAGAAGAUGCUGACCAACUAUAUGGCGCUGUGCAUGUACGACUAUCUGCGCAAUUACGCUGGCAAUUCGCUGUUUCUACUGUACAAAGCGAUCAAGCACCAGAUUGAGAAGGGUCUGGUCGAUGCGGUUACGCACGAUGCCCGAUAUUCGCUGAGCGAAGAUCGGCUGCUGCGCGAACAGAUCAUGCACAGUGUCGUAACGCUGCACAUCAUCCAGGACGAUCUGGACGAGAAGGUGCAGUGCAAGGUGCUGGACUGCGAUACGAUCAGCCAGGUGAAGAGUAAGGUGCUGGAUGCAUUGUUUAAGAACACACCAUUCUCGCUGCGUCCGAGCGUGCAUGAUCUCGAUCUGGAGUGGCGGCACGGACGCGGCGGCCAUUUGGUGCUGCGGGAUGAAGAUGUCACCACCAAGUCGGUGCACGGAUGGAAGCGCCUUAACACGCUCGCACACUACGGCGUGAAGGAAUCGGCCGUAAUGUCGCUGGUCGCGCGGCCACACGAUGGCUAUAAUACGCCCGGGCGUCACAUCUUCCCAUACUGUUACUACAUCAACAAUCCGCCGUCCUCCAAUCAUCAGCUAUCGUCAACGACCUCGCCGCACGGUGCGAGUGGGCCAGGGUCUGGCGGUAGCAGCGGCACAAUGGGACCAGCCCACACGACCGAUACAUUGUUAGCCGGUAGCGCCAGCCAUCAUCAUCAUUCACAUCACGUACAGCAAGCGGCGGCAGCACAUGCGGCCGCACAGCAACAGCAACAGCAGCAGCAACAGUCGCAAGUCGGCGUGUUUCAUCUGGUAAAACCGAUGGACGAUCGGUUCUCGACGCUUUCGUCGUACGAUCAGCACGGUUCGUCAUCGUCGGCGCACGGUGCAUUGUACGGUGGCGGACCGGGCAGUGGCAGCCACCAUAAAGCAAUACCGGAGAUCUUUCUGACGCGCCUGCUGGCGACCAAGGGCACGAUACAGAAGUUUGUCGACGAUCUGUUCGCGACGAUACUGACGGUGAACGAGGCACUGCCACCGGCGGUCAAGUGGCUGUACGAUCUGCUUGAUGCGGCCGCCCGCCACCACGGCAUUCACGAUCCGGAGGUGAUACAUGCGUGGAAGUCGAACGGAUUGCCAUUGCGAUUUUGGGUGAACUUCAUCAAAAAUCCCGACUUCAUAUUCGACAUCUACAAAACGCCCUCGGUCGACGUGUGCCUGAGUGUGAUCGCGCAAACGUUCAUGGACGCGUGUUCCACAACCGAGUACCGUCUGGGGAAGGAUUCACCCUCGAACAAGCUUUUGUUCGCGAAGGACUUACCUCAGUAUCGGGAAAUGGUUUCCAAUUUCUACGCCGACAUUGCCAUGAUGCCUCAAAUCAGUGAUCAGGAGAUGCGAAGCGCCAUGCAAAGGUUAUCCAUCCACCAGCAGCAGUUCGAUACGUUAGCCGCAUUAAAGGAACUCUACAUUUACGUUAGCAAGUAUCGUUUACAGAUUAAGGAAGUAUUAGAAAUGGACUUGACGGCAAGCAAGUUACAUUUAGCGCAUAAGCUUGACCUCGUCGCAGCAACAUUAGAAGAUGAUGAGUGCAAAACGAUUGAUUAUUAUGAAUAACAACAAAUGCCAGCCGGGACGACAACGACGACGAGAAAGAAGCGACAGUUUUUAACGAAUGGCCAUAUUUUAAAGCAC